AUGCUCCGCCGCGUGGCCCCGCUCCUCGCAGCCGCCGCUGCGAGCGCGUGGACGAAUCUCGGCCCCUGCGGCGCGAACGGCCGCUGGGGCGAGACCGUCGAGGAGAAGAUCUUCUUCCUCAAGACGAUCAAGACCGCCGGCUCGACGACGCGGUUCAUCUUCCUGCGCUUCGCGCGCGGCGAGCGCAUGGCGCUGCUGCGGAGCUCGAACCCGGGCCACAUCCUGCUCGACUCCACGGGCAGGUCGCAGCGGUGGGUCGACGCGAAGCGCUUCGACGCCGUCGGCGCCGCGCGGCCGCGGCCGGCCGGCGCGUCGCGCUACGACGUCGCGCUCGACCACGCGACGCUCGACGCGCAGGCGCUGGCGACGUACCUCCCGGGCGCGCGCUGGGUGACCGUGAGCCGCGACGUGCCGAGCCGCGUCGUGUCGGCCAUCGCCAUGUUCCACGGCGACAUGAGCCCGCGCGACUACUUUUCGGGCUGCGCGGCGCUCGACCGCGGCCUCUGCCGCGGCGUCGCCGUCAAGCGGCCGGGCCUGUCCGAGAACGUGCACAUCUGGAACUCCGUGGCCUGGCAGCUCGGCGAGCGCGCCGCGGCGCCCCCGAUCGACUUCGCGCGGCCCCACGCGUCCGUCAAGCGCCUCGAGCGCGCGGACGCGUCGGCGCUCGUGGACCUCGUCGAGGGCAACCACAGCGGCGCCUUCGCCCUCGUCAUGCUCACGGAGCGCUACGACGAGUCGCUCGUGCUCCUGCGGUCCAUCUUCUGCUGGCGCUGGAUGGACCUGCUCACGCAGCAGCCGCCCGUCGCGCCCGUGCAGCAGGACAGGCGGAACCGCCAGGAGAAGCACGACAGGCCCAAGAGCGUCAAGGCGCCGGAGGUCUACAAGGCGAAGAAGACGCACCCUUUCCACUUCGCCAAGGUCUUCGAGGGCAAGAAGAAGGACGACCGCAACGCGACGAAACAACGGAAGCGCGCGCGCGCGGCCCCGCCGCUCGUCGAGGGCGGCAUCCCCGGCGCCGUGGCGGCGAACGUGAAGCAGCAGCGCUCGCGCCUCCGCCGGCCCGCCAAGGGGAAGCCGGCGGCCAAGGCCGCGCCGAAGCCGCGCGCCGCCGCGCCGCCGCGGCCGCCGCCGCGGCCGCCGACGCGCCCCAAGGUCGAGACGCGGUCCUUCGUCGCGACGCCGGCGCCGACCCUCGGCGCGCGCGACGACGGCGAGGGCUCGACGCCGGACCUCUGGCUCUUCGCGGCGUUCGGCCUCGCGGCGGCCGCGACGGCCGCGGCGCCCGACUUCAGGCUCCGGGGCCCCGCGGACGCGCUCGGCGCGACGAUCACGGUCGCCGUCGCCGGCGGGCUCAUCUACGGCGCGGGGCUGGUCAUCGCCACCGGCGCCCGCGCGCUCUGGGCGCCCGCCGCGCGCGGCGGGACGCGCGCGCCGCGCGCGGCCGCGCGCGCGCCGCGGCGGCGCCUCGGCCGCGACGCGCUCGACGAGACCGUUUUGCGCCUCAACGCCCUCGACGUCGCCGUCCACGACGCCGCGCGGCGGCGCUUCGACGCGCUCACGGACGCCUACGGCGGCCCGGAGGCGCUCGCGCGCGACGCGCGAUUCUACCGGGCCUUCCGCUUCGCCGUCGCCGUCGCCUGCCUCCGCUGCGAGUCGAAGGCGCCCGGCCUCCUGCCGGCCUACGCGGCCCUCGACUGCGCCGACUUCGCGGCCACGUGCGUCGAGCUCCGCCGCGUCGACUUCGUCGACCUCGGCGCCGUCGACGUGGGGAAGCGACGGACCCGCGACGCGCGCGCGGAGGCGGCCAUCGUCGAGCUCCUGCGCGGCUGCGCGGACCUGCGCGCCGCGACCGUCUGCCCCGCGGGGCAGCCGAGCCUCUGCGCGACGGGGCCCGUCUGCGAGCCCGGCACGCCCGACCUGCCCGCGAAGUGCGACCUCGGCGAGGCCUACCGCCACUGGCACACGGACUGCGCCGGCGGGGGCCGGAGCAUUAUUGCAGAUGUGCCGGAGUGGGCUGCGAUGCUGUCCACGCCCCGGCGGGCGCUCCUCGCGGCGAUGGAGAUGGACACGAAGGUCCAGGGGCAGAAGGCGGCGGCGGCGGCGACGCCGUCCUGGCGGGCGCCGGACAAGCUCGCCGCGGCCCUCGCGCGCGACGACAGCCCGCUCAAGGACGGCGUCGUCGACGAAGCGGAGGUCGCGACGGCGCUCGCGGCCCUCCAGGAGAAGCUGCGCCUCUCGACGGGCGGCGGCGCGGCGCCCUCGCCGCCGCGGCCGCCGGACCGCGGCGCCGACGAGCCCGCGGCGGCGGCGGCGGACGACGGCUCCGUCGACGACGUGCUCGCGCGGCUCGAGGCCUGGCGCGCCCGGGAGGCCACGCCGCCUUUGAGCGCACGCACGCCGCGGAGCGCCGGCGAGUCCAAGGCCGGCGACGAGGCGCCGUUCCCGGCGAUCGCGUCGCUCGAGGACGAGGAGCGCAAGCUCCAGACCGUGGCCUUCGACGAGGAGGAGCGCAAGCUGCGCGACGACGCCGCGGAGAUGAGGAGCGCCGUGUCGUCGCUCGAGGCGUGGCGCGAAGAGCGGCGGCGGGAGACGGCGGCGCUCGAGGCGCGGCUCGCCGCCGAGUACGAGCCCGGCGACGCGGGCGGCUGGGCGACGCGCGCGGCGACGGGCUUUGAGGUCUUGGACCUCGGCGAGCUCGAGUCGCUCCACGACAAGGCCCUCGCGUCGGCGCGGGGCGCCCGGGAGCGCGUCGCGGGCCUGCUCGCGGGCGAGGGGGACGCCGCGGGGCCCGCGCCGUUCGGCGUCCUCGACUACGGCGGCGACGCGCUCCGCGAGGCCGCGGACCUCGAGCUCCGGCAGCUCGAGGAGAACCUCGCGAAGCUGCGGGCCGAGGCGGAGACGGACUAA